CUCUUCUACUGCUGCCCACAGUUUGGCGUUAGCUGUCAUACCAGUCACGUCUGACUAGUGUUUUCGGCUCUCAUACACGCGUUGGGGAACCGAGGGUGAUUCUAAACGUCCUCACAGGAAUUGCUUCGCUUUGCAGGCUGCAUGAGGUUUGGUGUGAUGAAAGACACCUUCCUCUUGUGUUGCUCCCACCAGCAGAUGGCAGAAGGGACCAGGUUUCUCUCUGCUGUGACCUUGCCCUGCGGUUAGAGGGCUUAACAAAAACACACAGACACUUGCACAAAGAGGUACAUUCCCUGCUUCUGUCUCACACACUGCUACGACCACAGAAAGGCAAAGACAGACAGCUGGAAAACAAGGCAGCAGCUGCACGAGUGGAGCUGAAGGGAAAUCAUCAGUUUAUUCCAGUAAAGAAGUGUGUCCGAUGGGUGGAGGGGCCACCAGGCUGUACAGCAGUCUGACUCAGGCCCUCAGCAGCAGCUCUCCUCUCCCUCUCCCUCCAUCCCACCUGGACCCCCACCAGCCUGCGGACACAAACCUGGAUCCAGAUUUCUGCCAGGAGCAGAGGGGGUCCGCUGUAUGUCCCCUUGAUCCAGUGGAGCUGCUUCGAGAGUGUGAGGAGGCCCUAAGGGACAGACCGGCUCGCUUCCACAGGAAGUUCAUCAACCUUAAUGAUGGAGACAGCGCCCCCAGCAGCCCCAUUAGGGUGAUGCAGUGGAACAUACUGGCCCAAGCUCUUGGCGAGGGACUUGACAGUUUUGUCCAGUGUCCCCUGGAGGCCCUCAGCUGGUCCCGCAGGAAGUAUCUCAUCUUGGAGGAGAUCCUCACCUACCGACCUCAUAUCCUGUGUCUGCAGGAGGUUGACCACUACUAUGACACUUUCCAGCCGGUCCUGGCAGGCCUGGGUUACAGCAGCAACUUCUGCCCCAAACCCUGGUCACCCUGCUUAGAUGUGGAGGGCAACAACGGCCCCGAUGGCUGCGCGCUGUUCUUCGACCAGUCGCGAUUCGAGCUCCUGGAUAGCAUGAGCAUAAGGCUCUCUGCCAUGAGGAUUCCAACCAAUCAGGUUGCCGUAGUGACAUUACUGCGUUGUCGGAGCACAGCAAGAUGCAUGUGCGUGACCGUGACCCAUCUGAAAGCCCGUUCUGGCUGGGAGUGGCUCCGCAGCGCUCAGGGCUCCGACCUCCUGCGACACCUCCAGAAUCUGGUCCAGAAACAUGCCAGCAGUCCCACUGCUGAUCCCAGCUCUGACAUUCCUCUGAUCAUAUGCGGCGAUUUCAAUGCAAUUCCAAACGAGGAGGUGUACCGACGCUUUAUUACAUCACCUCUAAGUUUGGACUCUGCUUAUAAGAAACUUAGCCAAGAUGGUUUGACGGAGCCAGAGUACACAACAUGGAAGAUUCGGCCAUCAGGGGAAUGUUGUGCCACCCUGGACUACAUCUGGUACAGCCGGGACAAACUAAGAGUAGACGCUGUGUUGGAAAUGCCCACUGAGGAACAGAUUGGACCAAACAGGCUUCCAUCCUUCAGCUAUCCGUCUGACCAUCUCUCUCUGGUUUGUGACUUCAGCUUUAAGGAGAAGGAAUGAAAAGGAGGUGACAAAUCGGUACACAAGAUGGGACGACCAGUCGAGAUUGGCUCUGGUUGACUUCACUCUGCAAACAGGUGUGCAGAUGAGUGUGAGUGAAAUGGUGAGGAUGAAGACAGGAGGCCGAGAAACCGGGGCGGGAGGCAGAGAAGUCCGGGAACUUUUAACGGUGCAGUUGCAGAGUUGCGCUGCAGCGCUGCAGUCUACCUCGCCAAACUCUAACACUGUGUUUGUGUGUUUUCUACACCAGGUUACUGUCCUGUACCUUCAUCUGUACCCAAAACACAAUUUACACAGUGACACUAAUGAAUAGGAUUCAAACUGUGUAUUAGUUUAGAAUAAUAAACUAAUAAUAAAAUCAAACUGUGUUUAAUUGAAACUAUAGUAAUUGUUGUGCUUCACGAUGCCAAUGUACUACAGAGUGACAGAGAAUAAAGUGUUUCUGCUCUUCA